AUGAAAAGUAUUAUACAGAGCAAAUAUUUUAUGUACGCAGGAUACGCAGCAGCGACGUGUCGUUUCCCCGGAGCCCCGGCGCAUUCCCGUGUGGAUUUCUCUGACGUGAGUCUGGCAGACGGGAGUGUCGCCAGCUAUACAUGCGAGCGCGGCUUCGAGCUCCUCGGCCCCGCCAGAAGGAUAUGUGGACAGGAUGGAACAUGGACCCCAGACGGCAUCCCCUUUUGCGUGCUAAACGUGGCGGCUGGUAAGGCGCCAAUGCAAAUCUCCACUGAAGAAAGCGGUGCUCCGCAGCGGGCGUUAGAUGGCAGCACUUCUGCAGUAUUCAGUGCCGAGACCUGUACCCUCACGAAGACCGAGCGCGUCCCCUGGUGGUACGUCAACCUAUUGGAGCCGUACAUGGUGCAGCUAGUCAGAUUGGACUUUGGCAAGCCUUGUUGUGGAGUCAAUAAGCCAGCUGUAAUUGUUGUUAGGGUUGGCAACAAUCGUCCAGAUUUAGGAACGAAUCCUAUAUGCAACAGAUUCACCGGAUUCAUCGAGGAAGGGCAACCUCUGUUCCUACCCUGCAACCCACCUAUGCCCGGAGCGUUCGUAAGCGUUCACCUGGAAGGUGCUGCUCCUAGCCAGCUGUCAAUUUGCGAAGCGUUUGUAUACACUGACCAGGCACUGCCGAUAGAGAGGUGCCCGCAGUUCAGAGAUCAGCCGCCUGGCAGUACGGCGACAUACAAUGGCAAAUGCUACAUAUUCUAUGAUCAGCAGCCGUCAAACUUCAGAGACUCACUAGCGUUCUGUAGAUCAAGAGGAGGAACGCUUGUUGACGAAAGCAAUCCAGCGCUGCAAGGUUUUAUUAGCUGGGAACUGUGGCGUAGGCACCGAAGUGACAGUAGCAGUCAGUAUUGGAUGGGGGCCGUUCGUGAUCCCCAAGAUCCCAAUUACUGGAAAUGGGUAAACGGCAAGGACGUUACCGUGUCGUUCUGGAACGCGCCGGGAGACGGUGAGGGUUGCGCCCGAUUCGAUGGCAGCAAAGGUUGGCUGUGGGCUGACACCGACUGCCAAGCGAGGCUGAACUAUAUUUGCCAGCAUCAACCAAAAGCCUGCGGCAGACCAGAGCAGCCUCCAAAUUCUACAAUGACCGCUGACAGCUUUGACGUUGGUGCAACUGUUGAAUAUUCGUGCGAUAAAGGCCAUCUAUUAGUUGGACCGACUGUGCGAACCUGUCUUGAUACUGGGUUCUACGAUGAAUUUCCACCAGUUUGUAAAAGAAUUGAAUGCGGCCUUCCUGCAGAAAUCAGGCACGGAACAUACGUGUUAGUAAACGGAACAACAUCGUAUCUAUCGCAUGUGCAGUACUACUGCGAGGCCGGCUACGAAAUGGCCGGUCGAUCGCGGCUUGUGUGCGAUAUAGACGAGCGGUGGAACGGACCUCCACCACGAUGCGAAGUGGUGCAAUGCGAGAAACCCGUGCCGAUACAAAAUGGUCGAGUGUCAGUGUCGGGCAAUGCGUCCGUGUUCGGCGCUGUGGCAGAGUAUGAGUGUGCGCGCGGACACCGGCUGCUGGGGCCGCGGCAGCGCACCUGCCUCGCCACCGGACUCUGGGACCAGCCGGCGCCUCAAUGCCAACCCGAGGAACGGCCGACCACUACAACGACCACAACUACUACCACAACGACAACAACAACAACAGCGCCGCCAACAACAACUACACCCAUACCCCUAACACCAUCAUCCACCACUCCACGGUUAGUCCUUCCCACCAGACCUCGUCCGUCACAGCGCCCGAUAUCUUCCCCGACUCCCUUUGCUCCGGCGGAGACUUCACGGAGACCGAGACCGAAGAUCACAACCACGGACAGACCAACAACUAGAUCGUACGAAAAGCCGCCACCGCGCAAAGUGACGGUCAGCGACUCACAAGACGCCGCUACGAGCCACGUUCCCCAUAUUAUUGUAGCCAGUCUUCCCAGAGAAAAUCAAAUAUUGGGAAGCGGCAAUAACAUACGCGCUGAAGAGACUCCUCGUGUCAAUGUGCCGCAGCCGGUGGACGGCGAGCGUCGGGAAGGUGCACGUCUUAACAUCGGCUCCAUAAUCGCGCUCGGCUCCUUCGGCGCACUCGUCUUCCUUAUCGCCUUGAUAACUACCAUAGUCAUCCUGUUUAGGAGCGACCAGAAGCAGCACGGACGGAGUGGCCGGCUCGCGAGCUCCCCUCCCGCUGGUACACACUCCUGGCGCUCCCCUUCCCGGACCAGCAAGUGGGAAGGCGGGAGUUUGCCCGCCCGAUCCGCCACACACACCGCGCCGGACAUUUCUCCAACCCAUUAUAGCGAGAAACAUAACCACGGAAAGAGGUAUAGACACCACGUGUCCCCGGAUUGCAACACGGUGGCAUCGCUCGACUCGUCCUCUUCAGAGUCACGUAGCGGCCUCAACAGGUAUUACCGACAGGCGUGGGAAGAACUCCAUGAGGCCGCCGGCGCCAAGCACGGCCAUAGACGACACGAACGAGAAGCCCCCAAAGACGGCUCCGAACUGGUGGUGGCCGACGUUUGCCCCGCGCCCCACUCGCGGGACAAACGCCGUCACCACCACCACCACCGCCGUGACUGGGCACCCUCGCACCGUCCCCACCACAACCAUAAACCUAGACAUUAAAAUUAUUAUCAAAAACUAUAUCCUUCAAUACACAAAGCGUAUUGUAAGUUAU